CUUUCUGCGCCACAGUUUCCACAACGUGGGCCUACGAGCGGCUGAAUACGGACAACAGCAUUUUAAUCUAGGAUUAGACCCAAGUGCAGAGCAUAAAGUGAUUCCUAGAGGCGUGUCUAGCUUCUAAUCAUCGUACAUACGUUCCACUCCCCACAAAAUGUCUGCUCCAGAAGUCACCUUACCGUCCCUCCUUUGGCGCCGUCGACAAAAUCAUCUCAGUGAUAACCAAGCCGUCGACUCUGUAGAACUCGCGCGCAGUCCAACCUGGCCUGCCAUGUUGCCAUCGCCAAACAGCGUCUCGCAUGUCACCUGCUCUCAACCCAACUUGUACCUGCAGCUAUCCCAGAUCCUCGAAUGGGAGAUUUGGAACCAUAAUCAGACCCGCACUCAGGUGUUCUCGGAGCAGACCCGUUGCGGUGAACUAGAGGCCGAAAUUUGGAGGCUUUCGCAGAUUAUCGUUCAGUGGCAGGAAACUUGCAAAACAACCUACGCCGCGCUUGACGAACACAGAAUGGAGCAUAUCAAGCUGGUGCAAGAGUUAGAGGCAACAACCACCGAGUUGCGCAGCCUUCAGGAGAAGGUUAUACGUCGCAGCCCUGUCAUUUCGUUCAUACUGACGUUGAUGCUUAGACUCCACCAACAUACAAACUAUCUGAAGAGAGAACGCCGCAGACGGAAACUAGGAUACAGAUUACGAAGAGCGAAAAGUAAGGCAUACACAUGGAGAAACGCUUGAGUGAUCACGCUGGGCAAUGA